AAGCCUAGUAGGUGGAGGGUUGGGCACUAGGCUAGGGCGAGUGAGCCCGGCAGAGGGACGAGGGCAGCUUAGGAACCCAACUCUGGCUCCUCUUGUCCGCAGGGACUUCGGGAUGCGCACCCGGAUCCUCCGCGUGGGAGAAAUCUGAGACACGUGGUUCCCAAGGCCCCCUAGGGUUUUGGGAAAUUUUUAUGGUUCGGACCACAGAGGGAACCGUGUGAUGGUGCGGGAGGGCAGAAAGAGCCCCGAGUCACUUCCACCGCCCACUUGUGUGACCGGUCCUGAUGUUUCGGCCGCCUUUAUUGACCCGAAAAUCGUGACCUUUUUCCUAACACCCUGAAGAGCUUAGGUUCAUUUUUUUUUGAAUGGCUGCGUUAAGUAGCAAUUACGAACCAUAUGUCAUAGACGAGGAGGCGGGGGCUCAGUGGUUACACGGCAGAUGCCAAGGAUAGCACUCUGGUAUUCCCUGCAUUCGGCCGGAGGUCACCAGAGAGACCCAUAUAUAUGAAGAAAUUUAACUACUUCCAAACAUCUGCGGGUGUUUCUGCGGCUCUGAACGGUAUUUGAAACCUGGGCGCGGAGCACAAGCGCACUGAAUCUCGAGAGGAUUCUUCACCCCAGCUCGGCGUUGUCGUAGCCCCAGGCAACCUGCCGUGCGCCGGUGAUCCGGCCCCUUUAAGGGGAGCCCAGCCUUCGGGUAGUCUUUGUUUCACGCGCCCGCCCGCGGCGCCGCCUUCACUGCGGAGCGAACAUGGCCGUAGCGGCGCGAGCGCUGUGGUCCGGCGGCCGCUCUGUGGCCUGGAGGUUGGGCUGUCGCCUCGGGCCUGGGCUCCGGGUGCAGAGCCGGGCCGGUCUCGCGGGGGCGGCGGGCGGCCCGGGCCCCGCAGUCACGGCCCGCAAAGGGAACCCACGUCUGCUGGGAGCGGCGGCGCUAGCCCUGGGGGGCGCCCUAGGGCUGUACCACACGGCCCGGUGGCACCUGCGCUCCCAGGACCUCGGUGCAGAGCACUCGGCUGCGCAGCUGUCCCUGUCGAGCCACCUGCAGCUGACCCUGUACCAGUACAAGACGUGUCCCUUCUGCAGCAAGGUCCGCGCCUUCCUGGAUUUCCACGCCCUGCCCUACCAGGUGGUGGAGGUGAACCCCGUGCGCAGGGCGGAGAUCAAGUUCUCCUCCUACAGGAAGGUGCCCAUCUUGCUGGCCCAGGAAGGUGACUGCUUGCAACAACUGAAUGAUUCCUCUGUCAUCAUCAGUGCCCUCAAGACACACCUGGUGUCAGGGCAGCCCCUGGAGGAGAUCAUCACGUACUACCCACCCAUGAAGGCCACCAACGACCAGGGCAAGGAGGUGACCGAGUUCUGCAACAAGUACUGGCUGAUGCUGGAUGAGAAGGAGGCCCAGCGGAUAUAUGGCGGGAAGGAGGCCAGGACGGAGGAGAUGAAGUGGCGGCAGUGGGCAGAUGACUGGCUGGUGCACCUCAUCUCCCCCAACGUGUACCGUACGCCCUCCGAGGCCCUGGCCUCCUUUGAUUACAUCGUCCACGAGGGCAAGUUCGGGGCCGUGGAGGGCGCCGUGGCCAAGUAUGUGGGUGCAGCUGCCAUGUACUUCAUCAGCAAGCGACUCAAGAGCAGACACCACCUCCAGGAUGACGUGCGUGAGGACCUCUACGAGGCUGCCAACAAGUGGGUGGCCGCAGUGGGCAAAGACCGGCCCUUCAUGGGGGGCCAGAAACCUAACCUUGCUGAUUUGGCGGUGUAUGGCGUGCUGCGUGUAAUGGAGGGUCUGGAGGCCUUCAACGACCUCAUGCAUCACACACGUAUCCAGCCCUGGUACCUGCGAGUGGAGAAGGCCAUCAAGGAGACCCUCCCAGUGCACUGAGCUCCCCCUAGAGGAGGAGGCCUCUGGCUGUGGGGUACUAGGACCCUUGGGCCAGCACCUGGCGGUGUGGCAGUGCUUGCUCGAGUGCUGUGGGGCAGCACUAUUCUGCCUCUUGGUGGUCCCCUCCGUCAUGUUGACAGCCGAGGCUACUUCCUGAGCUGUUUUUCUUCUAACACUGAACACCUACUAGGGCCCCGGGAUGCUGGGAGACAAGGCCCAGCCUCAAUUUCCGUUAAGCAGCCCCCCUGAGAGUCACAGAGGGGGUACCUCCUCCUUUACCCCCAGCCCAGCAGAGGCAGUGCACCCACCCCCUGUCCAGGGCCUGCUGGCCCUUUAGCUGUAUUCCUAGGCUCUCAGUGACUGCCCUGUCCCAGCCAGCCAGCUCCUGUGAGUAGGAAUCUGGUCGGGACUCCAGCCCUGGACAGGAAAGUAAGGGAGAGUCUGCUUUAGGGAGAGCCCCUUCCCUGGUCUUGGAGGCAGGGGCAAACGGUGAGGCUCCCCUAAGUUUCUGCUCUUCCCAAACCUUACCCUGGCCUGUGUGUCAUGUUCACAAUAAAGAAAGUUUGCAGCACCCCUUGUGGUGGGUGCUGUAAUGGA